CAGCAACAGCUUCUGAGGCAUAAACCACAGGAUGUUUGAACAACCUUCGUCUUCUAGAGAAUUCAAGAUUCCCAACACAGGAAAGGACAGCAGUGGCAGCUGCUGCCCCAGGCAUGCUGAUUCACCAACUUCUGCAUCUUCUCAAGCAAGUUUUAGUUCCAUAGAUUCAGAGUACCACGUCAAAGAGGCCGUGGGUCGGAUGCGCGCUUUCCUCCAUGAAAAAUCUCAGGAUGUGCCAGAGAAGUCCAAGUUCCUGGAAUGUGUGGACCUUGUUACCGCCACGAUGGACAGUGGGAAAGACGGCUUCCGAGACGAGUACUACAACGCCACAUUGCUGAGGGACAUCCUUCGGUUCCUCUACCCAAGAAUGACCUCCCCGAAUCCCGAGGAAAGAGAACAAACGUUGUCCCGGAUUGCCAAGAUCAUCAGCUGCAUCACCACCCACUGCCUCAACAGAGAAGGAUUGAAGGCCAUCAAGCUGGGGAAAAUUGCCGGGGGGCUGAUCCUGGCCUGCAGUGACCCCAAUGAGGGUGCCUCUUGCUGGGCAGCCGAUGGACUCCACCGCCUCUACACCUUGAUCGUGCAUCAAAAGCGUCUGACGAAGACAGAAGAUAACCAAGAAUAUUUAGAUCUUCUACAGGAAUGGGAAGAGGAGAAGAUUUUCUGGCUGGCUUGGUUUUCCGAUGUGAGCAUGGCUGCCAUGAUCUUGAAAAAAUACCUGCGUGCAGAUGAUCGAAUGGAAUUAAUUCUGGCUGCUGUCCGAGGCAUGAAGAACGACACCAUCCACAACACAAAAGCUGCCAUCCGAAUGCUUAAAGCCAUGCUGAGGGAGCCCAGAUCCAAUUUUGUGAAGGUGCCAAAGAUGGUUAAAUCCAUGUAUUCCUCCUUGGAUCAAAUCACGGAUCCUUCUGCCCGCCAUGAAUUCUUCCGGCUUCUCCGACUGGUCAGCACCAGCCACCCCCAAGAAGUUGUGCGGACUCUCCUCAAUUGCUCCCUCCAAUGUGACUGCAGUGCCUCGGCUAUGUGGCACGCCCUGAUGUCCUUCACCAGCACCUCCUACCAGGUUCUCGGUGUCCUGCAGAACACUAUCCAACAGCAGCCCUUCCGCCUGGACAAGCCAGGGACGAAGCCCGCUGUCACUCCAUUGGCUGCCACAGCUGCUCUUCAGGAGAUCUUGAGGCACCCCUCCCCCGCCUGCAAAGAGGCCCUGAAGGUCAUGUACCCCACCCUCUGCAUCGCCCUGCUCUGCCAGAUCUCCUUCACGGUGCACAUCAAACCUCAGGAGAUCGAUUUCUAUUGGAGGACUUCCAUGCAGGAGAAGAUCCCCACCCCUCCGGCCACAGCUGCUCUUCAGGAGAUCUUGAGGCACCCCUCCCCCGCCUGCAAAGAGGCCCUGAAGGUCAUGUACCCCACCCUCUGCAUCGCCCUGCUCUGCCAGAUCUCCUUCACGGUGCACAUCAAACCUCAGGAGAUCGAUUUCUAUUGGAGGACUUCCAUGCAGGAGAAGAUCCCCACCCCUCCGGUACCUUUGAGGGCAGCUCUGACGACCUUACAGACCCUCAUCCGACGUGUGAGCAGCGGAGACCAAGCCCUGAUUAUGAAUAAGCGGAGAGGAUCGGAGCUCCUGUGUCACCUGGCCACCCACCAGAAAGGACUCACGGUCUUUGCCAAAGCUCUCGUACGAAAUGAGGGGUGUGAACACAUGCUGCCCUACCUCAUGACAAUUUUGGACAGCAAGGAAAACACCGUGCAUAUAAUCGCAAUGACGUUUUUGCUGGAGCUUCUUCAGAAGAAGACCUUUGAUGUGGAUCUAGAAGAAGUCCUCAUCCAGUAUCUCCGCAAGCAGUUGAACGCAAACCAGUUCCAGCUCCGAUCUCUGGCCAUGGACGGUCUGCUCUCCCUCAGCACUCAUCCAGAGAAGGUGAUAAAACUGGUACCCGCCUUGCCAGACAUCUUGGCCAGGUUAAAAGACGUGAACCGAAGAAUUAACGUGAAGGCCCUCAAACUUCUUCCAUGCCUCCUAAAGAAUUUGAGCCACGAGGAAGCGAACUUGGUGGCUUUGGACGUGGCUAUUAGAAUACUCCCUCUUUUCGACGAUGCUUCCAACAAAGUGAGAUUGGCCGCCGUGUCCACUUUCUCCUUCCUCUUUGACCUCGUCAAGAGAAGAGGCAAGGACCAGAUGAGAGACAUGGCCAUCCAGAGCUUGGUGCCGCUGUUGAUCCACCUGCACGACGAAAGCAUCCUGGUCUCCCAGGCCUGCUGGGUGGCUCUCAAGAGAAUUGAUAAGUUUCUGAAGUCCUUCCUUCAAUUUUCCAUCGCUGAAACUGACCCUUGGAAUUAUAGCACCUGGAUGUUGAGACGGUACCGGGAUCAAGGAGAGAGCAUCUUCAUGGACCAGGCGUUUGCUUUCCUGGAUAACCCCCGGCCGUCUCUGCAGGAGGCGGCCAUCAAAGUCUUAGAGAUCAUCGCCCAGGAGACAAACCGCAAAUCGACGGUCAACGCCAUUGCGACAGAUGACAGUCCUGGGAGGUCCUGA